CAAAGCUAAGGUCAAGGUGUUGAAAGCCCUUCCCCUGGACUCCUCACCUGUCAAGUCCCCAUUCCAAGAUGUCUUUGGAGAAAAUGAAAGACCUCCAUCUGGAUGAAAAGCACCUGCAGCCAGAAACCAAAGAAGUGAAUGGGAUCCUGAUGUCCAAAAUGAUUAGUGAUAAUUGGGACAAAAUCUGGAAUUUCCAAGCAAAACCAGACGACCUCCUCAUUGCAACCUAUGCAAAGGCAGGCACCACCUGGACACAAGAGAUUGUGGACAUGAUCCAACAUGAUGGGGAUGUGCAAAAAUGCCAGCGUGCCAACACCUUUGACCGGCACCCUUUCAUCGAAUGGACUUUGCCUCCACCCCUCAACUCAGGUCUGGAUCUGGCCAACAAAAUGCCUUCACCUAGAACCCUGAAGACUCAUCUGCCUGUUCAGAUGUUGCCACCUUCCUUCUGGAAAGAAAACUCGAAGAUUAUCUACGUGGCUAGAAAUGCCAAGGACUGUCUGGUGUCCUACUACCAUUUCUCAAGAAUGAAUAAGAUGCUGCCUGACCCUGGCACAAUGGAAGAAUACAUUGAAACAUUCAAAGCUGGAAAAGUGCUCUGGGGCUCCUGGUAUGACCAUGUAAAGGGAUGGUGGGACAUGAAAGAUCAGCACCGCAUUCUCUACCUUUUCUAUGAAGACAUGAAGGAGGACCCAAAGAGGGAAAUAGAGAAGAUAGUGAAAUUCCUGGAAAAAGACAUAACAGAAGUAGUUCUAAACAAAAUCGUCUAUCACACCUCUUUUGAUGUAAUGAAGCAAAACCCAAUGGCCAACUAUACCACUCUCCCCACCAGCAUUAUGGACCACUCCAUCUCCCCUUUCAUGAGAAAAGGGAUGCCUGGGGACUGGAAGAACUAUUUUACUGUGGCCCAAAGUGAAGAUUUUGACAAGGACUACGAGAAGAAGAUGGCAGGGAGCACCAUGACUUUCCGCACAGAGAUCUGAGAGCAAAGCUGGGGGGCUGCUACAGAAUUUCUGACUAAAUGUUUUUAUCCAUUUGAACCUCAUGUUAAAGAAUAUUUAAUGCCUUUCUUCUAGUCCUGAGCUGGUGAACACUUCCUGUAGGUCCUGUGCUAUCUCAUCAAAAUGCAAUCAAACUUUGAACAGAACGUUUUCAUUUUCACCGUGUGAUUAUUCUUGUAGAAACCCAUGAAAUAAUCACAUAUUCACCUGCACUUAGGCAAAAUAAAUGGAGAUCCACCACUGGC